UGUGUUAACAUAUUUUUUUACUUAAUGUUUAUUUUAAUUUUUUUUUAAAUAAUUUAACGCGAAUGUUUUAAUAUAAAUUUAUGGUGAUGAGGGAUUGUGAUGCAACUGAGUUCGCUAAAAUGACUAAUAAUGACAAACAUAAAGCACAGCCCCUCUUGAAAAAACGUGUUAAUCAAUGGUCACAUGAAGUUAGAAAGACAAUCACAACAAGUCCGGAAAGAUUUAUUCCACUUUUUUAUGGAGAUCGAUUUAUACCAAGACGAUAUGCCCUCAAAGAAAAUGAAACAAAUGAAACAUUUCUCUUCAUGGGAGAAAGGGAAGAUUUUCUAAGAACGAAAUUUUCUUCAGCUUAUUUGCGUUACAAAGGACUAAAAAUAGCUAUCAACAAUACCUUUGGUGUAAAACAUCGAAAAAUGCUUGAAUUUGCUGAUUUAGCAGAAAAGAGUUCAUUUCUUUUGCACUCCAAUGUCCUUCCAUCAGUUGAAACUUAUGAAUUUAUUUAUGGCAAUUUGAAUGGCUAUGAUUGGCCAUGUAGACCUCGUUCAAAAUUUUUAGCUUGUGCUGAAACCACUCAUGAUUUACCACAUUUCGAUAUGGUUACUGAAUUAAAUCUUAUUGACUGGUCUGUGGAUGGUCAAAUUGCAGCUUCAUUUGGUCAAGAGCUGGUUCUCUGGACUCCAUCUUUAGAUCUGACUUUGGUAUAUAAAAUUUCAAAUUCAAGAUCAAUAUCUUAUUGUCCGAAAGGAAGAUUUUUAGCUAUUGGUACUGAGAAAUAUGAUUAUCCUGUUCUUGAACUUUGGGAUACAAAUUCAGCAAAAGAACUUUAUUUAUUCGAACGAUAUAAUUUUCGGCAUAAAAAUUGCAUCGUUCUCUGCAUCGAAUGGGCUCAAAAUGGCAAAAUUAUUGCAUGUGGCACAAGUUUUGGUUCGGUUUGGGUCUUUUGUGUGCCAGCUUUGAAUGUCAUCAAAGUUCUGAAAAACCAUCAUCAACCAGUUUUUAUGAUAAAGAUUUCUCCAAAUAUGCGAUUUUUGGCCACUUCAGAUAUCGAAGGGAAUAUUUAUGUUUAUAAUUGGCCAAGUUAUGAAGUACACGUGGUUUGUAGAUCAAAGAGGAAGCUGAGAGUUGUAAUUGACUGGCAUCCAUGGAAUGGAACAGAUUUGGCAAUUUCUGAAGAUUCACCUGCAUCAAUUGUGAUUCUACAUGUUCCAUCAAGGGAAAUAGUGGCCUAUUACCAACGCAAAGAUCGAAGAGUUGAAAUUGAUUUUAUAACUUUUAAUAAGCUUACAGCUGAACUUCUUGUUAGUUAUUCAAACAAAGAUGAAGAUGGUUGUGUUAAUUCUGAGAUAGUUGUGAUGUCAUCUUUAGAUCAUGUUGUUGAUGUUUUACGUGUACCAGAUAGUUCAGUUCGUUUUAUGAUGUGGAGUCCGACAGGAAUGCAAUUGGCAACAGCUGGAAAUGAUGAAACAUUGACAAUAUGGAAUUAUCUACCAAAUCGUUAUAAAAAUCGUAUUGGAAGGACAGGAGUUGUUGAAAAAGUUAGGACACUUUGUCCGGAUGUAAGGAAAUCUAAGUGCGCUUUUGACUUGAGUUAUGGAAGUGAAUUUAAAAAAUGGGCACAUAUUAAAUAGAGAUUGUGAAGUUGUCUUGAGUUGAAAAUUUUGUA